AUAUGUUUUUUUUUUUUAACUCAUCCUGUUUAUAAGAUUAUGACGACGUUCAAUAACAAUCAUGUGAAGUAACAUGAUAGGAAUUUACCAGAACGCGCGAACGUGCGACGUAAAACAUUUUGUGCAUUAUGACUGAUAUACAGAUACCUGCUUGUUCGUGUACAUGUACAUGUGGUUUGUGAAUUCCAGACAUAAAUAAAGGUCAACUUAUACAAUUGUGACAUACUCUGUAAUAUGUUAUUCGUAGUACCCGAUACUGGUGACGUAUUGUCAUUUUUGUUAUUUUGAUAAAACUGCAUGAUCAGUUAUUCAGUUUGUAAAAAAAAAAAUAUCAGUUUGAGAAGUGAAACUUUUUGCUCUUGCCUCCAUUCAGUUUUUGGGUUUGAAAACACUGCCCCAGCGUCCUUCAACUAAUCAUUUGGCUGACCUCCCUUCCAGACUCAUGGUGCACAUAACACUGCUCAUCGUCCCCGCGAAGGUGCAUUUUAAAAUGAAUUUCGAGCUAUCUGGAAGUAAAUUUAGAGACAUCUUGAAAUCCAUAUUUCGACAUACAUGGCCUUAUCUCAAAUUUUCGAAAAUUAAGAGGUAUCUUGCAAUGAUUAACGAUACAUGUACAUGUAUCUUGAAAUAACAAAAGCUUCUGUUUUAACCUGAAUGUCACUAAUGCGCGCCAUACUACCGAAAUGAAGAAGAAAGUGUGCUUGUCACAGAAUGAUCCAGCACUUGCAUUCAAUACGUUUUGUUGUCAGUUAGUCAUACGAAUAGGGAGGUAAAAGUCGACAAAAGGUCAAAGGUUUAAUCAGGUGAUGACUUUGCGAAAAGUCAACUAUCCAAAGUUCACACGAUAAAAACGAAUUAAUCGUUGAACUUGUCGUGAACUUUAGACAUGCAUAAAGCCUGGGUGUAUCAGACAGUCGCUCCCGAGGUAUCUCAUUCGCUUUAAUUGCUGUAGUUUGAAAUCAGUUUGUUGUCAAGGAAGCUCGUUUUAAAGACUUGGAGAACAAGGAAGAUGGCAACCUCUGAGAAGGCUCCCUCGUCCGAAAACCAGGUCCGACUCUUGAUAUGGACUGUUCCUCGCUCUCUUUCAACAGUUCUUUCCAAAUGUCUGAGCUUCGUCGAAAACACAAAGGUUUUCUUUGAAAUGUAUGAAAGCAUCUUCAUUGCACCGGGGGUGAAGACAGAGGAUGAAAUGGCUAACAUGUCUGAAGAAGAACAGAAGUUUUUGUUGGCUGUGAGGGAAAAAGCCCAUGGGAUAUCAGCAGGGGUUGAUGCAUCUCAAUGCACCUUCCAAGGUGUCAAAGAGCAACUCGAGGAAGCCCAUACUGGGAAGAAGUUCAUCUUCUCCAAAGACAUGGCCUAUGCUGUCAUGGACCGGCUGGAGUCCAUCCCGAAGGGUUUCCGGCACCUGUUCCUCAUUCGUCAUCCUCUUAAAGUCUUCCCGUCUUGGAAGAGGUCGUUCCUGCCAUUAGUGCCGUAUAUGUCUCUAGCAGAUGACUAUCGUUUGGACGACCUGCCUCAAAAAUAUUUCCCAAAAGGUUUUGGCUACAAGGAAGUCUAUGAGUUGUUUGAGCACGUGAAGAAGGAGCUCGACCCUGAAGCAAUCAUCAUCGACGCCGAUGACCUUCUCAAAGAUCCUAAAGGUAUCCUGUCAGCAGUCUUCAAUGACAUCGGCUUGCCCUUUGAUGAGAAGAUUCUAAACUGGGAGGCAGGGGAUGCGGUCAUUGAACAAUGGAUCAUCCCUCGUCUGUACGUACAAGUGGACCAGUUGGUAGGUUUCUACAAGAACGCUCUGGACAGUACCUGCUUUCUUAAGCCCAAGCCGCUUCCAGAUCGCUCUUCUCUUUCUCCUGAUCUCCUUCCUUUUGUUGACGCUUCCAUGCCAUACUACCAGAAAAUGUACAGCCAGCGCCUAUCUGCGUCAAAGUCGUAGAUGAAGGUGUCACAAAUGAUUAUAAGAAAGCCUGUCGUGAACGCAUGGAAAAAUUCCGCUUGUUGACUUAAUGUAUUUUGAGUGUGUUCAAUUUGGAGAUAUAUCAUUAAUUUUAAACAAGGGAUCGGGGUUUAACACUUCCGUGUGCAUGGGACGAAUGCACAACGAUUGAACUGAUUAUCGAUAACGCUAAACAUUAUGCUGUACGUUUCUUUAACUAGUUUAACAAGCUCUGCCUUUUAAUUCGGUGGUUGAAUGUGUUCAUAGUUGUAGACAUUUAUUUAUUGUGUAUUAUGUAGUAACACUCACAUUAAUACUCAUCUGUCUUCGACUUUCUAUUGUUUUGAAUAGAAACAAAUGCUUAAUUUAAAUGGAUUUCUACACUUUCCGCCUGGGAUUUCAUCACGUGUUGCUCGUGAAUACACAGAGUAUAAGAUAAGUAAAGUGAAAUAUGAAUAUAAUCCAUGUUAAUUAUACAUGUAAUACAUUUUUCCCUGACAUGGCAACAGAAAUGCAACACAAUAAAGUAAUUAUCUAAUCCAUUUGCUUUAAUGUAAAACAAUAGCCACAAAUAUAGUGUAGCUCUUUGAAAAGGAAACAUAACAAUGCCUUAUUCAACCCUGAGAAUUUUACAUUUAAGAACGCUUAAUCAGUAUGUAAUGCGAGGUCAACAUUAAAUUGUCUUCAGAUUUCUUGAGGCUGAAUACAGCAUUAGUUUAGUUAGAAUCGGAGCAUUUCAUGCUCACAUGAUUGGUCAGGUGGAAGUCACCUGAGCCCCAUUUAGCGGUCUCAAACUUUUAGAAAUCGUCGAUCUAAAUCAUCAAACUGGAAAAGUUAUGGCUCUUUAGCGGCGUAGUUGAACCCGCCCCCCCCCCCAAAGAAGAAAUUACGCGUUAGGCCUUACGAUAUGUUGGUUUAUUUGACUGGUAUUUAUGCGGAAAAAGAUGACUAAAUGUAUAUUAAAGGUUAUGUUUAUAGCUCAAUAAAGUAGAUGUCUUAUUGCCUAACAUCAGACUUUAUUGAAAUAAUACACGAUUUGGACACUUUCAUGAGAGAAGCCAUUUGAACCAUAAUGGAUGAAUCGGAAAACAUGGACAGGAAGCUGUAUAUGUUGCAGCACCACUGACAAUAAAUCUGCUUUAAAGCCGGGCACUAGGUCCUGAAAUCCCCAAAAA